UAAUAAAAAGAUGAUGAAAACAUUGUAGUAUAGUUUAAGCUAAACUGCUAAUACUACUCGUGCCGUCAGCAGUGACAGGCAGUGCAGACUCCGCUCCGCAUUUUCAUGCUUUCCGCAUAAUCACUUGGAAGAACUUCUAAACAGAUUUGUUAUGUUGCCGGUUUUUGAGGGCACAACAUACCCCGACAUACCUCGCAAAUCGGCUUAAUUACUCGACAUCACUUUGGAGAUACCCGAACCACCACCACACAACCGACGUUGAAUAACUUCUCAACAAUAACAUCUUCGAAGGAUGACUCAAAGUCACAGCUAAUAUCUAUUUUGCUGCCCUCAGCUUCGCGUUUAGCUCCACGUUUGGUCAUUCUGUUUACUUCUCCGGUAAUUUACAGAAGUGAGCAGGAAAAGCUUGACUCUGAUUGGCUGUUGUGACGCACAUUUCCACUAUGUUUGAUCGAGUAAAUACGCUCACUGCUGAUCACCAUGAUCGAACCUAGUUGAAAUAAAGCCCAAAUUGUUGUUAUAACAUGAGUCCAACCGGUAAUAAGCUUAAAAUUUAAAAAUGGCACCAAGUAGAGAGGGCAUGCCACCCCUGAGAACCCCUCUGAAUACGCCCCUGUAGAGAGGGGCCUCUUUGCGUGAUGAGUCCAGACGCCUCCUAUCUUCCUAAAUAAUGUAUAAUAAACCCCAAUGGAUAUCUUCACAAAGCCUCUCACUGCUAAGCUAGCUCUAGUUUCAACAUAACCAGACGCUUGAGUGACAAAAACGGCGUCGACAUGUUGAGUGUCAGUGAGCAGAAGACGCUGUUUGUGUUUUCUGGAGCUCACAUAUUGAUGCUCGGUGAAAGCAGCAGCACACAGAAACAUAAUUCCCUCUGAGGCUGAAUCAUAUACAGUCCGCAUGAGCCGUUAGCCGCUGCUAGCAGAGAUAAAGCUGUGGUUAGGAGAUAAAGACAGAAACGUUACCUGUUCUCCGAGGUCGAUGGCAACAUUGGUGAUAGCCAAAGGCACCAGGAAGCGGAGGAGAGGCCAGUAAGGACUGAGAGAUGGAAACUCCACCAUAGUACAAGCCGGGAUGACAGAGCGAGGGGCAUCUGCCUCGGUCUUGAUUGAUUAAAACGGACAAUCAAAGAUUAGCGGCUAGAAAAGGCGGCGGAGCACCUGUGUUUCUACCGAGAUCUGUGGCGUUAGAAGGAGGAGCAGCGUUUCUUCACAAUGCUUCGAUGCUGCUGAGGAGCCGAGAAGGAGGAGAAGGUCAACGGAAAUUUCAGACCGGCGCAUCUUCCUCCCAAAUCAUCAUCAAGAAGAGGGAGGAGGAGGAGAUAGAGGAGGGGGGGAGAAAGACGCAAGGUGACAUCAAACAGCGCCGAACUGGAGAGAGGAAGCGUCCCACCGUGUCGUCGUUUCAGAUAUGGAUGAUAGAGAUAAUCCCCAAAAAGGUUGGAUUAGUUUUCUAGCCCCGUGUACGACUGCGCCUGUGCUGCGCAGUCCGGUUGUUGUCGACACUCCCCGAGGCUGGAACCAACUGCUGCCGCACGUGGGCCUGGCAUCCCGGCCGUGACAUCAUCACCGAGUCUAAACCUGGCUGUUAUUUUUACUGCCUGUUCACACACACACACAAUCAUACACACACACAACAUGCAGGGCUGCACAAUGUAUGUUUACAUCAAACCAAAAACAAUGAGGCCGUAUUGUUCUGGUGGGGUAUUGUCAUGCUGAAUAACGCUUCACACGUUUUAAAGUGUCUCCGUUUACACAAGCCAACAAAACGGGGGAAAAUCUGGCAGGGCUUUGGUGGAAACAUGCUGAGGUGAAUGGAGCAGAAAGGAGCUAAAGUGAAAAAAAAACACAUACCUUUUGAUGCUAAAAUUACAACUUACAGUAAAAGAAAAGUUUUCCCACAGUUUUUUGUUUUUGUUUCCCAGCCCCUCUUUUUUUCUCCUCUCCUAUUUUCUUUUAGAUAACCAGACAAAUCCUGACAUAACAGAAGCAAAUGAAAGACUGACCCCUGGUGGGCAAAGUAAGAAAAGACAACCUCAGGAUAAGUCCAGUUUUCAAAUUUCAAUAUUUUUUCCAUCAUAAUCAGACUUUGAAUUUCAAAAACAACAAGUAAACAACAAUAGAACCCGAACCUCCCACCCACACAUAGACACACACAAGCGCACACAGAGUGAGAAUUUAAGAUAUGUUGUUAAAGAGACAUGGCCUGACACCGAGACAUUGGGUAAAGAAAGAGCUACCUUUGAGAAACACUGGAGAUAAAAGAUAAAAAACAGUGAAAAGAAAGACUAAAACCUGAUGGACUAAAACAAGAAAAUCAAAUAAAAUGAACAAAUAAGUAAGAGCUCUUUACAAAAAAAAAGGGAUAAAAGAAGUAAAAACCUCUAGUCAAGAAAUAGACUGAGAACAGAGAUAACUAAUAAGAUUACAUUAAAGAAACAUUCAGAACUUUGAUUAAAAUGAACAUUUGCAAUAAAAGAAAUAUAAAAAGGCAAUCAGAGAAAAGUCUGGUUAAAAAAGUGAGUCUUGAUCCUCUUUUUAGAAAAAUAAACAGUCUCUGCGGCCCUGAGGCGGGGAUUUAUCGAAAGAUUUUUGUUGUAAUUUUCACUGAAUAAGACAAGACAUAGGAUUUUUACCUUAAUACGUCUUAUAACACAGUUGUAGCCAUCCAUCAGGCCUGAGCUAAUGCAUUACAAUAAUGUACUAGUAUAUUACAGUAACCUAAAGGUAAAAUAUUCAAUUUUACUGUAAUUAACCAAGAAGAACAAAAUUCUUCUCACAAAGGCAUGUCAGUGAAAAGUCAGUUCAGUUAAUGGAUUUCACCUCUGACCAGAUGUUUUUUUCAAUAAAAAAAACAUGGUAUCUUUGAUUGUUUUGUUUCUUUUUGCUUAAACUGUACAUGUGUUGUGCUUAUUUCACAAAAAAAUGUAUUGCCACUGCACAGGAUUUACUACAGAGUCGAGUUAGUCAUUUAUCAGCCCAAAGAUUGCUCGAAUGCAACACAAUAUAUGUCAACUAUUACACAACAAGUAUGAUCAAAUUUAGUCACCAAACAGAUUUACAGAUGAGAAUGAAUGAAUAAAGAGGUUCUUAUAGGUACUAAAGUUUUAAUUAUCAGGUUAUCAGGUGAAAGAAAUAAAAAGAAACAACAACAAAUAUGGAGGAUCUCAGCAACAAUCUAUCAAAAAUAAGGAAUCACAACAGGUCCACCACGUUGUGUAAACCAAACAGUCUAUUGUCCAAGGCCAUACCCUGUUUCCUCUACCCUUUCACACACUUACAGGUAUGCAGAUACACACGGUUUCAGCCAAGGUGAGAUGGAAACAUGCCAGCGUCUGAGUGUAAAGAGCCGUAAGUAAAGCCUGGGUAAUGCUCAGUGAGUUGUUUUUGUUUCAGCCUGGUGCCUGAGGGAGCUUCUGUCGUGAUUUUAACAGUUGAAUCAGCCUUUUACCAGCAGGCAUGCCUCUCCUGGCAGCUGUAACCAAAGUCAGAUGUUUUCUCAAGAGCUUAAAUACCUGCGAGGACACUUUGUGAGUUGCAGGCACAGUAUAAUUUCUCCAUAAUGUUGGAUUGUUUUAUUACAUCUGCUGCUAACUGCUCACAGGGUCCUCAGUAAUAGAGGUGGUUUUCUUUUGAAAGUUAACUGUUGACUUUUACAAGCUGUUUUUUACAAGUCUAGAAGUGUGUUUAGUGCAGCAGUUCACCAACUGUGUGUGCUACUGCUCGUUUUGUGGGUGUGAUUCUGGACAACAAAGUCAGGAGUGGUGCCCAGGUAUUCCUAAUGAAUGUGUUUGAGCGUCAGUUGUUUUGUGUAUGUGUGUGUGUGUUCUUGUUUUCAAACGAGGUGGCACCUUUGGAUAAGCUCUCUGGUACUGGCAUGAAGAUGUGAAAACUUUGGUUGUCAUUUUCCAUGACUUGGAAAAGUGUUAAUAAGUUUCCCAGAUAAUUUAAAGCCUAAAGCAACAUUAAUUGUUUCUGUGGGAUGCCUGUUUUGAGUUGUUCUCAGUGACGUACCCUCUCAACUCUCACUUUUCUCGUUCUCCUUUCUCUCUUGUUCUCUCUUCCUCCUACGUACAUUCUUCUUUCACUUCCCCUGCUUCAUCUUCAAACUUUUCCUGCCCUGAAUUUGAACCCAGAACCAUUAUAUUGGCAGGCAGCAGUCUAAUCUUUUACUCUGAAGGCCUGCCUAGUGGCACGUUCUUUUUAGGCUUUUUUAUUCAAUAAUCUUAUCAUGGCUGUUCAAAGCCAAAGUUCAAAGCACAGUCCAAACAGGCAUAGACAGACUUUGUACAUUACGAACCCAGGACCAUUUUCUUCAAAGGUCUUGUCCUCAACACCAGAGGCCACCUCUUUAGGUCUUUUCAUCUUAUUUCCAUCUUGUCCAGUAUAUGAACAAAGACCUAUUUUAUUCAAAGACAGCAGUUUUAUCUAUGAUACUAGAGGUCUUCUUAGCAGUGCCUCCUUUUUGAGGUCUUUUCAUUCAACUAUAUCAUCACUGUAGUUCAAAAGCAAAGCUUGUGCCACAGUGUAAGGGAAGCAUUUCAUUCACAUUUAUUUGAUUCAAAGUCACUAGUCUUAUCCACCAUACCAGAGGCAGUGGCUUGCCUUUAUUGGUCUUUUCAUUUCAUUGUUUUGUUAUCGGUGUUCAAAUGCAAAGCUUUGUCAAGAGUGUGGAGGAAGCGUUUCAUUGCCAUCUCACUAAGAAAGCCUAAGACUGGGAUUUGACCAAAGAACUACUCUAUUAAAAGCCAGUUGUCUCAUCAGUUACACUAAAGGCCUACUUCACAGUGCUUGCUUUUGAACGCCUUUUUAGUCAGCUGUAUCAUCACCGUAGUUUUAAAACUAAAGCUUAGAGUACAUUGUGAAGCAUUUAAUUUCAAUCUCACUCCAAAAGCCUAGACCAGGAUUUGAACCCAGAACCAUUUUUCUCAAACCAGCCUGCUGUAAGGGAUCAGCUCUAACCAUUGUGCUCACAAAUUGCCUGGAAUUUCUCACUUGGGUUUUUUGGCUUGCAAGAAUUUUCUUAUUCUUUAAAAUGAAAGUUAAUAUUUCAUUGGGAUGAAAGUCUUGCUCUUCACAGGGGAUUCCCCAGCCCAGAUUAAAACCGUGAAAUAACAACGACCCCAUUUCACUAAGUCAUAACCUGCAGCAUAUCAUUCAUCAAGAAUAUUUUACAUUUAAAACAUGAUCUGAUUUACGCUCCAGUGGGAUACAACCAGAAUAUAUUUGUUCAGGGAUGAUCUUGACAAUUUAAAGCUUUCUUGGGUUAUUUGACUCAUGGUAGUUCAAAAUCAUGAUUCAAAUUCCAGCGUGAGAAAGUCUGAAUGCUCCUUCUCACACAACAAAUGCCUGAGUCCAGUUGAAUCCUGAACCAACAAGAUGGGAGGCAGCAGUGACAACCUUUACACUAUCUGUCAAUCAACAUUUUUCCAGUUUAUUCAACUUUCAAGUCAUUCUGGUAACUUCAUGAUGAAACUUAAUAAAUAGUCUUUCUUAUACAAACACAAAGCUGUCUGUUACUAUAAAGCACUACAGCUCAGGCUGUGUGUUGGGGUUUGAAUCAGAUACAGGCAGUGGUUCAAUAACUGUUGUCACUGUCAAUAAUUAAUGAGUCAAUUAGCUGUUGAGUGGUCGAACAGAUCUGCCUUGCUAUCAUUGUUGGCUGCUUAGCUGGCAGCUUCCUCUCUCCGACAAAGCUGAACAGAUAUUGAUUUUGUGCCUCAUAUGGCGGUAUUGAGCUGAACUGUGUGCUCGCUUUAUGAAGAGGAGCGGAGUUUAUCAGUUUAUCUGUUCAUACCUGCAGAUGUGUUUAACCAAAAGAAUGAAAGUGCAGGUUUAAUGUUGGACGAUGUUGACCCACACUAGAUAUAAGACAUUAGCGUGAAGUUGAAGAAGAAACAACAAACAUGGCAGGAGUCGUUUUAAAAGGGAAUUGUUGUCCUAUUUAUACCUAUGUCAGGGUUCCAGAUGCUCAAGAGUCUGGGGUUUCCUUUCUUGUCCCUUUUCAAUGAUACACCCGAUGUCUUCAAUGUGUGGCAAGUUGGAACUACAGGCAGGCCAGUCUACCACCCAGACACUCCUACUAUGGCGCCAUGCUGUUGUAAAUAAUCCAGGAUGAGGUUUGGUGUUGUGUUACUAUAAUAUUAAAAGCAUUAUUUGGAUGGUAGCUCAUGGUGCAGCAUAACUUGUUGAUACUGCUCGACAUAACGCUCCUCGUGACAUGAGUAUGUAUGCACCUUCAUAUCAAAAUGGAUGCUGGCUUUGAACUGUGUGCUCAGCCCUAAAGAAGUUGGCAGUGUAGCUUAAUUGUGCUUUUUUUUCUUUGCAUAAUAACAUUUUAAUCUCCAUUUGUGAAUGUAGCAAUGAACUGACUAUGGUUUUGGAAGUGAUUUUGAGCCCACGCAGUGAUUUCCACAAGGACAAAAAAAGAAUUCAUGAUUCUGUCGAUUUUGGUUGGCUUAUAGCAGUAUAAAAUUGCUUUUUGCUGCGCUGUUUAAAUGGGUAAUUGUAGGUCAUAUUUCCUUUGCCUUACCAAACUAGAUGUAAAUCACUGCCCUGAAUAGCAAAUAAUGAUUCCUUUUGCAAAUAAAAUCUCACUGCACUUGCACUUUACUAUACAAACCUCUUUCAUGACUGUGUCAAUCAAAAGUGGUGGAACCAGUUUUACUAAGAGAAAAAAAAAGACAAUUCAAACUCUCUGGCACCUUCAGUCUGCACUUAUCUGAGGAAAUGAUGCCAGCUGCUCUCAAAGCUCUCCUCUGUGUCUCCAGAUGAUGUGAAAAAAAUAAUACAGCAACACAAGAAACAUCCGGAGCUGAUACACAUGCUGACCACAACAUUGGAGACUGAGUGAUGGUGCAUCCUGGAGUGAGGAAAGGAAAGAAGAGAAGGAAAGGAGGAAGGAGUCAGGUUUUCCUUUUCACUUCCUCUUGGCAAGAGAGAAUUUACUCCUUUACUCCUUUUCUUUUCACCUCCUGUAGUUGCUUACCGAUUCAUUGAUUCGUUUUUUCACAAUUAUCUCACCUCAUUGGUGUGACAGUCAUGAUUUUGAAAAACUCUGAUUUUGAGAUGCAUAUUUAGAGGUUUUCUAAAAUUUUAUGUUGCGUAUUUAGGCAUUCAAAAUAAAAAAUGGAAUCAAUGAAUAUUUUUUAAAAAGGCUACUAGUGUAAGGGCAGUUCUUUACUGCCCCCCCUUUUUUUCAAUCAUACUGAGUGGUGACAAUGCGACCCUUGUUCCAGAAAACGUUUGCAUGCUGUGAAGGCUGCCGUACAAAGGUGAAGUGGAAAAACUGUGAUGUGAAGUUUGUCUUUUUUUUGGAACCAUAGACACUGAUACUAGAGAGCAGAUUUGAUGUCAGCACACAUUUUAAAAGCUUACAUCUGUGAUGGUACAGGGACGCAUGUGUCUAUGGCAUGCACAGCUUACACAUAAGAAGGCAGCAUUAAUGCUGAAUGCUGUACAUGCUUUGGAGCAAUAUGCUGCCAUCCAAAAAAUUCAUUUUUCAGUUGACAUGUUUUUAUGUUGUCUAGAGAAUAUUGAGUUUAAAUUCAUCGCAAACCCUAAAACUCUGUUUUUGUCGACAUUACUUUUCACGUUUUACACGCUGUUUCAUUGUUUUUGAAAUUUGGGUUGUACUGAAAGCGGUGAUUGCUUUGGCUUUUGGGGCCACUCAAUAGCUUUUACUUGAUUACUGAAUUCAAUAUUCAAUGUAUUUCAUAUUUUGUAGUCCAAUUUCUGCUUGUCAUGUUUGUAUAAUGAUCAAAUUAUUUUAAUGAGCCACUUUGACCUUGUAAACCACUUUGAAUUGCUUUAUGCAAGAAUGGUGCUUUACAGUCAGACUCCUCUUGUCCUGUAGAUGAGCUCUUUUUUAUGUGGCCUUGUUCUCAAAAACAUGCUAUAAAGUGACCUUAUUCUUGGAUUAUAAACUUUUAAGAUACCAGAUUGAAUCUUAAAUCACAAGUCGCUUGUAUCUUUGAAAAGUGAAGACCGCUUAAUCAAAAGGCUGCAUGCUUCGCUUUUAAUUUCCUUGAGGGAACCUUCCCAAAAGGAUAAAUAAAAUUGUAUCUAAUCUAAUCUAAUCAAAUGUUUGGCUGGUUCUUAAAAUACUAUUUGAUGAAGUGACCCAGUAACCCCAAUAAACAGCCCCACUAACCUACUCUAAGGUACUGUUUUAAUGGAGCCAUCUCUAGAGUUGCAUUCAACCUAAACAAGAAGUCUUCAAAUUUGUGUUAUCUACUGUUAAUCUUUAAUCUCUGCCUCUGAAUAUUUCUUAAAGUUCAGGUUCACCUUGAUCUGUCUUUGACCCAGCACCUUUUUGGCUGCAAUCCAGGCACUCCCUGCAGCACUAUAACCGGCAGAGGGCGCUACCAGCCCGUUCAAUUUCCCUCUUCCUCCUCCUCCUCUUUUACACAGCCAAGGAGAGCACCUUCAUCCAACUGCGGUACCCAUUUCACUCCUUUAAUUACUUCCUUCCUGUUGUUAAUUGGUGCCAAUCCGUCCAACCCGCAAAACCGAACAAUAUUACACGGUCAGUACAUAGAACAGGAACGCUUAAGACAACUAUAAGUGUUUGCAUGAACCCAAAAUACUGCAUUUACUCACUACUUGUCGAAUUCACCUGUUCCUGCAGCCAAUUUGCUGCAGACAGAUCGAGGUAAGCUGCUGCACCUGUCAGCCAUUUCGAUGUUUUACUCUGAAAUUGCUGCAAAAUUUGACCCAACCUGGCAACAAGCAUCAUUUUGCAAUUCUGCAAAAGGUAGUGCGUAGUUUGUAUGAAUAAGCAAGUGAAAUACUCGACUUUUACGCUAUAAAUAUCCACAAAUCGAUGAACUCUUUACAAGGAAAAUCUGUAGAGAGGAUUGGAAGUGAAUGUGACACAGUUUGGGGUGUUUCUGAGGUUUCAGGCGUGGUUGUAGUAAACGAAACCAACGCAUAUUAUCUUCUACUACUACUUGCAUUAGUAUUUCUUGCAUGCCUCCCGUCAAUGAGCGCUCUACUCUACUAUGACCCCUCCCACUUCUCCGUAGCCGAAGAAGAGGACCUUACCGAGAGAAAACCCCAUUUAAUGACAGUUUAUACUCAUGAAAGCGUGUAUUUCUCGAUAAAAUCGUCACUAAUAGCGUUAAGAUAGUAUUCUGGUUGAUAAAAGUAGGAAUUCGAGAUGUUUUAUUUGAUCUUUUCAAUACCGGCGAGUGUUUCGCGGGAAAACUCGCGGAUGGAUACAGCAGAGGAGUCGCGGAGGGGGAGGGAGUGAUGCGGCUUUUUAUUGCAGCUUGCAGAGCGCUCAGCUGUGAUUCUCACGCUGCUGAUGACAGACUGAGUGUCGUCCUCACCGGCUCGCCCGUGCAGCCUUUCAACCCUCCAUGCAUGCUUCACACAGCCGCACUGAAACGAACCGCAACACCCCCGUGGAAGGAUUUAAUGUUUCUUUCGUGUUGGACUAAGUUUCCUGCCCUUUUUUGCGCAUUUUGGGUCGAUUUCGCCCUGCUUUCCUCUGACGACUGUUUAUGUUUGAAAAGGUAAGGGAGGGAGUGGGUUUCAGGAGAUUGCGCAUCACCUUUUUCCACAUUUAGUGAAGGUGGGAAAGUGUGUUAGAGUAUCUUUGAGAGGAGUUGAGUGAAGGUGGGGUUUUCCCUCAUGUAUUUGAGCACCUGCUGCUGCAGCGCUUGUGCAUGCAUGCAAGGCGUGCACACCGAGCUGAUGUUUUGGAGUGACCAUGUGAUGUAGUUUACACAUAGGGUCAGAGUUGCUACGAGCUUGCAGACAUCUAGAAUCUAAUUUCUCUAUAUUUCCUCACUCAGCUUCGCAUUAAGGACACACACAGCAGAGACACCAUGCCGCUAAAUUCAAGUUUGGCGAGUAAAAACUAUGACUACGACUACGAUUCUCUCCAACCGUAUUUCUACUACGAUAACGAGGAGGAGGAUUUCUACCCUCAGCAGCUUCAGCCUCCGGCACCGAGCGAAGACAUCUGGAAGAAAUUCGAGUUGCUACCGACCCCUCCCCUCUCCCCGAGCCGCCGGCCGUCCCUGUCAAGCCUCUUCCCCUCCACGGCGGAUCAGCUGGAGAUGGUGACCGAGUUCCUAGGCGACGACGCGGUCAACCAGAGCAUAAUCUGCGACGCCGACUACUCCCAGACCUUCCUCAAGUCCAUCAUCAUCCAGGACUGCAUGUGGAGUGGGUUCUCCGCCGCGGCAAAGCUCGAGAAGGUGGUCUCGGAGAGGCUCGCCACCUUGAACGCUGCGCGUAAAGGGUCUGCUGCGGCGCCUGUGGAGUGCGCGGAUCCUACCGGUGCGGCAGCGUGGAGGUUAAACAGCAGUUACCUACAGGAUCUGAACACAUCCGUGGCGGAGUGCAUCGAUCCGUCUGUGGUUUUCCCCUACCCUGUGGCAGAGACACCCAAGCAGAGCCCUGCAGGGACGCCGCCUAGUAAGGAUUUGGGGCUGGACACGCCACCGAAUAGCGGGAGCAGCAGCAGCAGUUGUAGUGACUCAGGUAAGCGUCACACCCCCUUUCUGCAAGUGGGAUUUCUCCCUCAAUGAGUGCAUGAACUGUGUCCUAUAAAAGGAGGUCAAUUGUUGUUUUAAUUCAUGAGAUUUGCAGGCAGAAGACACGCUGUCAUGCUGCUGUGAGAUGAGCCAGAGGGCACGGUUGCAGUGCUAACUCAUGUGGAAGGAGAGAUAGUACUCCAUACAUGCAUGACUGUAACGCUUUUGCUUUCUGUCCUGUGUUGCAGAAGAUGAUGACGAUGAAGAAGAGGAGGAGGAAGAAGAGGAGGAGGACCAGGAAGAGGAGGAGGAGGAGAUUGAUGUAGUCACGGUGGAGAAGAGGCAGGCAGUGAAGCGGUGUGACCCCAGCCCAACCGAAACCAGGCACCCCAGCCCGCUCGUGCUGAAGAGGUGCCACGUCUCCACUCACCAGCACAACUACGCCGCCCAUCCAUCCAUGAGGCACCAUGAGCAGCCGGCUGUCAAGAGGCUGAAGCUGGAGAGUACCAGUAACAGCGGAGGAGGAGGAGGGGGAGGUGGUGGAGGAGUCGGCAGCAGCAGCAGCAGGGUCCUCAAACAGAUCAGUAGCAACCGCAAGUGUUCGAGCCCCCGGACGUCCGACACAGAGGACUACGACAAGAGAAGGACUCAUAAUGUUCUGGAGCGCCAGAGGAGGAACGAGCUCAAGUUGAGCUUCUUCGCGCUCCGGGAUGAGAUCCCUGAGGUGGCCAACAACGAGAAGGCAGCCAAGGUGGUGAUCCUGAAGAAGGCGACAGAGUGCAUCUACAGCAUGCAGUCAGACGAACAGAGACUCCUCUCAGUCAAAGAGCAGCUGAGGAGGAAAAGUGAACUUUUAAAGCAGAGACUGUCACAGCUGCAGGCCUCUCGUGCUUAAAGUUUGAUUCAGAGACGUUUUUCUGCCUUUUGUUUUUUAUGCAAGUUCAAGACUUAGGGUGUACAGUUGUUGUUGCAUGCAAAUGCAAAUCGGAUUAAGUUGUUUGGAAUCUUGUUUGAUUUCAAUGUUAAAACUGCCUCAAUUGAAGUUAUGGGUGGAUUAAAUAUUUAAAGUUUAUUUUUAUUAAUAAAAUAUUAAAAUGGGGCAACCUUGUUAAGGGCCCAACUAAAAUAUAAAUUUUUAUGUUUUGUAUAUAAUUAAUAUUUCCUAAGAAAAUGUAUUUUUGGAUCUCAAUUGUCUGGAUGUUCAGACCCAGUGUUUGUUUUUUUCCAUUAUGUUCCUAGAUUCUUUUUGAAAUAUAAAAAAAUGUUUCUUCUUGAAA